UUAAACUUGUCUCUGUGUGGAUGUGUGAAGAUAAGACCUGAAGUUGCUGAUCAUUCUUUCCUCUGGGACAUUCAGGAGGUCAUUAAUCCACAAUGUCUGAAGAAGACAUCGAGGCAGUGAUGCAGGAGGUGGAGGUAGAAACCUUUCAAGAGGAAGUCAUGGCGACGCUGGGAAAAGGGGAAGAAGAAAUGACACCUAAAGUAGAAGAACCUCCUGAAGACGCUGCAGAUGAAGAACCUCCUGAACCUGAAGAAGCUGCAGAAGAAGAGCCUGCAGAAGAAGAACCUCCUGCGAAUACUGAAGCACCUGCAGAAGAAGAGACUCUGGCCCCAGAUGAAGAGGAUUUCAAACCCAAACCAAAGUCGUUUUCUCAAUCUAUCAGUGUGCCAAAGAUGCCAGAGGGAGAAAAAGUCGACUUUGAUGACAUCCAGAAGAAGCGUCAGGAGAAGGAUCUGACUGAGCUGCAGUCACUCAUCGAGGCCCAUUUCAUUCAGAGGAAGAAGGACGAGCAGGAGCUCAUCGCUCUUGUUAACAGGAUCGAGAAACGUCGUGCUGAGAGGGCCGACCAGCAGAGGAUCCGUACUGAGCUGGAGAAAGAGAGGCAGGCUCGUGUUGCUGAAGAAAAGGAGCGGAAGGAGCUGGAGGAGGCGCGCAAGAAGCAGGACGAGGACGCCAAGAAGAAGAAGGCUCUUACCAACAUAACGCAGCAGUAUGGCACCACCCAGCAGAGGCACGAUGGCAAGAAGGGAGCGAAGAAGCAGACGGAGAGAGAGAAGAAGAGGAAGAUCUUGGCCGAGAGGAGGAAGCCACUCAUCGUUGAUCAUCUCACCGAGGACAAAGUGAAGGACAAGGCCAGUGAGCUGUGGCAGUGGCUGAUGACACUGGAGUCAGAGAAGUUUGAGCUUAUGGAGAUACUGAAGAGACAGAAAUAUGAUAUCAAUUUGCUCCAGACCCGAAUCACUGAGCACCAGAAGUUUGCCAAAGGAAGAGGCAAGACCAAAGGCAGGCUGAGAUAAACAUCAGUGCUGUGAGGAAGAGGCUGAAAAUAUGCAGCAGUGACUAAUCUUUAAUUUCACUUCAAUAAAGGCAAGAACUGUAAGAAAUUGGGGAAGACAAACAAUUAAAUAAUAAAACUACA